ACCUUAAAGCGCCUGUAGUCUUUGAAGCGCUUUGACAUCUCUGAAGGGCUUUGUAUUGCAAACUAAAUCGAAGCGCUUUGUAAUCCCGGAAGCGCUUUGACAUCGCCGAAGUAGCGCUGUGCAAACCGAAGCGUUUGGUAAUCGCGGAAACAUAUUGGGGCUUAGAAACCGGAAGAAGUGUUUAGUAAAUUUUGCAGCGUUUUGACUUCUCCGAAGCGCUUUGACAUCUCUGAAAUCUAGAGGACUGUGAUGGGCAGUGGAAAGAAGGGGGAAAGGUGCCCAUGGCGUCGGAGCGGCGCAAGGUCAAGUACCACUGUAGCAGCACUUCGGAAGAGUGUUCCCGCAAGCGCAGUUGCCUCCGGGAGACCAGUGAUGUGGCCCCCUCCGGACGGCCAGGACAAAGCUCUGCAUCGCGUUCUGGAGGGGUCAGCAGCCCCAAGCGCCUGAAAGCCCAGGACGACGAUGUGGCCUGCACACCGAAGUUGCCCUGGGACUCAACCCACCGCAGAAAUUCCUCCUCCUCUUCCUCCUCCCAUUCCUCUGGCCCAGGUGUGGACGGGGCUGCCUCCAAAGGCUGCCUGAUUCAGAGCUCACGGGGUUUCCUUUCUUCUGGGGGAUCCCCACUGCGCCCCGCCAACUCUUCUGUAGAAGAAAUGGCUUCUCUAGAGGAGGAAACCUGCAGCCUUAAGGUUAAUUCCAAAGAUAGUUCUCGUAAUUCCACAAACUCUGAGUUUUCAGCUGAAGCUGAAGGUCAAAAUGAUAGAAUUGAGGAACCAAACGAGGUUCAGAAAAAGAAGAGGGAUAGAGUGCGAGACCAAGGCUCUACAAUGAUCUAUCUGAAGGCUAUCCAGGGCAUCCUGGGAAAGUCGAUGCCAAAAAGGAAGGGAGAGACUGCCACUAGGGCAAAACCAAACACAGGAGAGCGUCCCAGCCAUGGAGAAGGACCAGCUGGGAGUGUCACUGUGUCUGCUCCUCAGAAAGAGAAGGAGUCAGCCCUGGAGGUCCGAGUGAAAGAGGGAAAAAAGGCUGUGCUGGAGAGUAGCAGCCUCUGUGAUAGGAGAGUGGUGAUAGACCCUCAGGAGAAACCCAGCGAGGAGCCACGUGGUGAUCGAAGGACAGUUAUUGACAAGCGCUCUCCAACCCUGGAGUUCUUAGAUGACUCUGACACUCAUUUAGAAAGCCAAAAUCCUAAAGAAAGGGAGGUGGUGAUAGAGCACACCUCUUCAGGAAGUGACUGGUCUGAUGUGGACGAGGUCUCUACAGUCAGAUUCUCUCAGGAGGAGCCCAUCUCACUGAAACUCUCAUCAGUUCCAGAGCCUUCUGCCUUCCCCACUGACUAUGUCAUGUACCCUGCUCACUUGUACAGUAGUCCUUGGUGUGACUAUGCCAACUAUUGGAACAACAGUCGCAAACAUAGCUACACCUCCAUGGGCGGCAGCAGCAGUGACACAUUGCAGGCUUGGGGGAGCAGCCGGGGCCUCCUGAGGGAUUAUUCCUUCAAUUCUACAGUGAGCUCCCAGAACGCCUCCAGAGAUCUGGAGGUGGCAGAGGAAGGCAGAUCCAAGAAUUCUCGCUCAUUUCGUUUCUCCAGAAGCUUAGAAGAGCAGGUGAAAGAGAAAAGAACAUUCCAGGAGGAGACACCACUGCGUUCUUGUGAAGGACACACAUCUAGCUCUCUGCCAAGAAGCCAUCUGGAGCCAGACCUAGAGGCGGGUUUCAUUGAUACCCAUUGUCACUUGGACAUGCUCUAUUCCAAGUUGUCUUUCCAAGGGACCUUUAACAAGUUCAGAAGAAUUUAUAGCAGCACCUUCCCUAAGGAAUUUCAGGGCUGCAUCUCUGACUUCUGUGACCCCAGGACACUGACAGAUAGCCUAUGGGAGGACCUGUUGAAAGAGGAUCUGGUAUGGGGAGCCUUUGGCUGUCACCCUCAUUUUGCACGUUACUACAGUGAGAGUCAAGAAAGAAAUCUUUUGCAAGCCUUAAGGCAUCCCAAGGCUGUGGCAUUUGGGGAAAUGGGCUUGGAUUACUCUUAUAAAUGUACCACGCCUGUCCCAGAACAGCACAAGGUAUUUGAGAGACAGCUGCAGCUGGCGGUGUCUCUAAAGAAGCCCUUGGUGAUUCACUGCCGAGAAGCUGACGAAGAUCUGCUGAGCAUCAUGAAAAGAUUUGUGCCCUCAGACUAUAAGAUCCAUAGGCAUUGCUUCACUGGCAGCUACCCGGUCAUCGAGCCCUUGCUGAAGUACUUUCCCAACAUGUCUGUGGGCUUCACGGCAGUCCUGACGUACUCCUCUGCCUGGGAGGCCCGGGAUGCUCUGAGACAGAUCCCGCUGGAGAGAAUCAUCGUGGAAACUGAUGCUCCCUACUUCCUGCCUCGACAGGUCCCCAGAAGCCUUUGCCAGUAUGCUCACCCGGGCCUUGCCUUGCAUACAGUUCGAGAGAUUGCCAGGGUCAAAGAUCAGCCGCUCUCCCGCACCUUGGCUACCUUGCGUGAGAACACCAGACGCCUCUACAGUCUUUAAGCAGAAGAUGGUGCAGGAGUCUCUUAUAAAAGGAUGACCAGUGACCUGACAGGACACAGGCUGGGUUUUAUCUCUGCCUGGGUCCCAGGACAAGUGUGUGUUUGGAAUGACACCAGAGUGGAGAAAACCAGGACAGGAAACGGGAUGUUUUCCUUGAAACCUCGUCAUAUGGCUUUUGCUCCUAGCUGGACAAGGAGGCCUGGUGUCUGUAACAGUCCCCCUUCUGGCAAUCUUCCUUGCCUUUGCCUCCUCUAUGUCCUUUCUCUGUUGGAAGUGAGAUCCUCUCUGACUUUGGAGCAUCUAGGUCAUCUCAAGUUUUGAGCUGUGCUCUGCUCCCUGAUGGUGCCUUGUAAAGGUAUAUUCAUUAAAGGCCCUGGAAGGUUAUAAUGGUCAAGGGUUAAGUGUGAGGGCAUUCUGCACUUUGUCAGAAGAGAUCCUUUACCCUAGUCUGCAGUGAGACAGGCCACUGAUUCUUUGUGUGUUUCUUGGAAGCCUAUAUCUUAAAUAGUAAAACCCAUCUCUUAGUGCUGGAUUUCUGUAGGUGUUUUUGGAAGAUCAUUUGAGCCUUGUAAGUUCAAAGGAAAUGAACUUAACAUUUUUUCUAUAUGGUAUUUUUGUUUUGCCCCUGUACACAAGUUGCUGGCCUGCAAAGUGGGCCUUAAUUCCCUGUCAACCGCCCAUGGAUUUAGCUUUGUGUUGUAGUCUGUGCCUCAUGUUUGCCAAUGGGGGGGAAUUGGGGGCGCAUUCUCCUAUUUGGAAGAUUUGGGGAACUGCUAAAUAUUUCAGAGUGUAUGAUGAGUCUUCCUGCCAAGGUAAAGCACAAGGUGCUUUAUACUUUUAUCUCUAGGAUUUAGGAUGAUCAUUUCUGUGUUGUGGGCGUGAAAACUGGUUGGCAGUGUUUCUGAUUUUGAAUGGCUGACUUGAUUGUUCUUGCUGUAUUGCUGGAAUGCCUCUGUAUUACCCUUACUCCUGGCCAUCAAUUUCUGAAAAUAAAGGGAUGGAUUUUCAGCCAACUCCCAUGCUCUCCACGUUUGUUUAGAGUUCUCAGAAUGAGUAACAGUAGUUAAGUUGUUGGCCGACUUCGUAACCUGGGAACCCAGAGGUCUGCAGACAUUCUCAAGUAUACAUGUGCCUCUCUGCAAGAUUACACUGGAGAUAAGACAUGGUAUGGUACCUUCUUAAAAGUUCUGUCUCUGAGCAUUGAUUUUCAUUUUACACUUUGGGAGUUCAGAUGUACUGCUGCUUCUUAGCCUUUGGAAACUACACAGAUACCUUCUUUUUCUCCAGAGCAGUGCAGUAGGAGGAGAAAUAUCAAGUACACAGGUGUGGUGAUGAGUCAUUUGUACUGUGGGCUUGGGACUGGGAACUCUGCUGGUGCCUCUAGGUGAAUUUUGGAGGAAAUCUUGUUUCAUUACUUAACAGUCAGCCCUCUAAUUUUGUACUAUGGUAUUGAACACAAAUGCAUAAGCCAAAGUCAACCUAUAAAAAGAAAGGCUGUGCUCUGAGAAUGCAAAACAAAUUCAAAAGCUCUGCUAAUGCCUCAUUUUUGAGACAUGGUCACUGACUGCAUUUUCAGCAUAUUCCUUCACUUUGGCUCAGUUUCUUUCCAGUUGAACACACAGUUGAGUGUCCACUCAAUGUUUGUGGCUCAAAAUCUGCUCUUGGCUCUUCUGGUGUUUAUAUCUUUCUCUCUGUAUUAAGUUUGGGACCUUCAUUUUUGCGACACUCAUUUUUAUAAAAUAAGGGCAAGUGGCCACUGAAAUAUUCAGUGAUUGAACAAACUUGGUCAAACAAAGAUGGCAGCAGAACUGCCGAUCAGUGGCCAGCCAGUCCCUGUAAUCCCUGUCAACGCUCAUUUGUCAUUGAUGUUUGGAAGUGGAUUCAGAUUAAGGAAGCUGAGCAUGGGUCCCCAUUCUUCUGUUUGCUUGUUGUCACAAGGGAAUUUCUGAGCCACAUACCUGUAAGUGUAUGAGUUAAAUACUACAUGUGUUAGUAUACUGAUAUACUAGGUAUAUCCUGAAACAAAAUAAGCUUAUAAGGAGAAUGUUUUCUACAGUAAAUUUCUUGCUUACCCCAGGGGUACCUUAGGUCAGUGGUGCUAUUAAAUACUGGAGGAAUAGGUUUAAGGAGGCUGAUGUGGGACAGUGUUAGAAAUGCUACAUUUUUUCAAGUGUGUCCCUUCUUUCCUUUGAUGUUUUAUUUUUGCCAGUUGUUGACUUGAAGUUGACCCAGUGUAUUAUGAAGGAAAAUAAAAAUCACAAACAAAAGAAAUCCCUUGGACCUUAAGAAAGUAACAUUGAGAGGCAGUAAAGUAUGAAAAGCAUGGACUAGAGCACUACAGCUCUGGUAUUAGUGGGUAGUGUGUUUGCUGUGUGACCUUGGAAAGUUAAUUUCUCUGAAUUUCAGUUUCCUCCCUCCCAAGUGACUUGUAAAAAUUAACUGAAAUUACUUAAUUACGUAUAAGUGUUUAGAACAAUGCCUGGUGCACAGCAGGAGUGCAGUAAGUGAUGGCUGUUAGAAUAGUUGAAUGCCUACUAUGUGCCAGGUGUCCUUGAAGGAGAUACUGUGUUUCGUGUCCAUAGUAACCCAGGGAGGUGGGUAUUUUGAUUUGAGGAGGCUGAGAAUGAGAAAUUAAGUGUUUUGGUCUGGAACAUAAACCUAGUAUUCAAAUUCAGGUCUGAGUCCGUAGCCCAUAGCUCUCUACCACAUCAUGUUGCCUGACCCAGGUGAGA